AUGAGUCAUCACCAUCACCACCAUCACUCUGAUCAUUGUUCUUGUUGUCAUCAUAAAGAACAUAAAGAACAUAAAGAGCACAAGGAACAUAAAGAUAAACACAAGAAAGAUCCAGUUACCAAAUUCUUUGAGAAGUUUAUAGAUGAAUGUAAUCAAGCUAGAACUCAUAACAAAGAUAAGGAUAAACAUCAUCAUAAAGAUCAUCAUAAAGAUCAUCAUAAAGACCACCAUCAUAAAGAGCAUCAUCAUCAUAAGGAGCAUCACCAUCACACAACAACACCAUCUCAUCAUGUAACAGUAACCUAUCAUACACCAGCUCCAACACCAGCACCACCACCAGCACCACCUCCCAAAACAACCUACACUACACACUCCACAACAAGUCAUCAUAGCAGUGGUGGUAGUGGUGGUGUAGGAUUUUCACCGAAAUGGACACCACUCUCACAACAAUCACAUGGUAGUAGUAGUAGUAGCCAUCAUCAUUCAUCUUCUCCGAGUCAUGGCCAUGGUCAUCAUCAUAGUGGAAGUGGAAGUGGAAGUGGAGGUAGUAGUCUUACUGUCUCAUCCAAGAAAUGGGCACCAGUAGAAAGUGGUCACCACUCAAAACCAACCACGUCAACAGCGACUGUCAGCUAUAGUACACAGAAACCUACAACCAUCACUGCGAGCACCACCUAUAAACCAGUGACAAUAGAAUCGUCGUCGUCAUCAAGUCAUCAUCAUCAUCAUCACGGUCAUCACCAUCAUCAUACCCCCAAUUUUUGUCCACACUGUGGUAAUUUACAUCAAGUUGGAAAUGUAAAGCCACAAGAACAAUUAGAUAUAUUAUAUAAGAAGUAUGGUCGUAUCUUUGGUAUUUGGAUGGGAUCUAUCUAUACUAUCGUUCUUAAUGAACCAGAGAUAAUUCAUACUGCCUUCACUACACAGGCAUCGAAUUUCGUAGAUCGCUAUCUCACUCCGUCGCUUUUGUUCAUUGGUGGUGAUAAGGAUCUUAGUUUUACAAACAGUGUGAUGUGGAAGAAGCUUCGUAGUUUCUAUGGUAAUGCAAUGACCAAAGCAAGAGUUUUGAAGCUAGAAGAGAUAUUCCUAAAUCAAAUCGAUAAGCUAUCGGAUGUUUUAAAGUGUGAAUUAAAACAAGGUUCUCCUAUUGAUAUUAAAGGAUAUAUUAGAAAAGUAUCAUUCAAUAUUAUGUUCCAAUUUAUGUUUUCAACAGAGAUUAGCUAUGAUCAAUCAAAGAUGUUGGAAGAUGAAAAGGAUAUCAUGCAUAACAGUGAGACGUUGGUAAAAUUGAUGGCACAAGGUAAUCCAGGUGAUUUUAUACCUUGGAUGAGACCAUUCUGUAAUUUUGAUGAAAUGGAAAAAGUGGUAGAUGGUAUAUUAGAUUUUUCAAGAAAGAGAUUAAUUGAACACAAGAGAACUUAUGACAGUAAAAAUCCAAGAGAUUUUAUAGAUUUAUUUUUAAAUGAAAUUGAAAAUGGUGGAAAUGAAUAUUUCGAUAGUGAUUGUAUUGUUAGAAAUUGUUUGGAUUUAUUAGUUGCUGGAACUGAUACAAAUACAAUUACAUUACAAUGGUUUAUUUUAUUGAUGACAAAUAGACCAGAUUGUCAAGAGAGAAUAUAUAAUGAAAUUAAAAAUAAUACCGAACCUGGCGUACCAAUAGAUUUCACUAUGAGAACCAAGUUACCAUUGCUUCAAAGUGCCAUUAAAGAGAGCAUGAGAUUGAAACCAACUUCACCAUUGGGUCUACCACAUCAAGUUUCUGAAGAUACAACUCUAGAUGGUUAUUUUAUACCCAAAGGUACACAAGUUAUAGGUAAUGCAUAUUCAGCUUGUUUAUCAGAGAGUGUUUGGGAGAAUGCAAACGAGUUUGAUCCAGCUAGAUUUUUAAAUGACGAUAGAGCACCGAUAACCUUUGGAAAUGGACUAAGACGUUGUGUUGGAAUCAAUUUUGCAGAACUCUCUAUUUUCAUCAUUUUAGCAAAUCUAUUUAAAACAUUUAAAUUUAUAGCGCCAAUCGAUCAAAAAAUAGAUGAAAUACCAAGACCAGGAUUAAUUUUAGAACCACCCAAUUUUAAUAUUAGAAUUGAACUAAGAUAA